GAGGAAAGAUGAGGCCGGUUUUCGCUGGAAAUUUGGAGUACGAUACUCGUCAAUCAGAACUUGAACGCUUGUUCUCAAAGUAUGGAAGAAUUGAACGUGUUGAUAUGAAAUCUGGAACUUCUACUAAGGGAAAAUAUGCUGAGCGUCUGUCUUGGCUAGCCAACCUCUGCAAAUUUUUUUUGGAAGAAAACCUUCCGCUCCCCUUCCAUCCACAGAUCUGCAUUUUCUCAUGUGAUCAUUCGUCACUCACUAACAUCAUCACUCAUUACUCAUCACUCAUCAUUGACAUUUCAAUCAGAACUGAUCUUAAUGGGAUCAUCAUUCAAUUUAUUAAAGCCAUGCCUAGCUUCACUGAACAUAGGGGAUCAAUGAAAUUCUGUCAAGUCAUGCCCUUCUAUUUCUGAAAUCUCUUGUGCUGUCUGAAUGGAGAAUCAUGCUUGGCAAUUACAAUCUCAGACCUGAAUUUUGGAUUUAAACCUUUAAAAGCAAUCAUGAUUUGUUUCCUCAUUCAACACCUCUACAGCUUCAUGUGCAUCAGUCCACACUUAUAUUCAGGAUUUGCCUUUGUCUAUUAUGAAGACGAACGUGAUGCUGAAGAAGCAAUUCGUGCGCUUGACAAUAUUCCAUUUGGUCAUGACAAGCGACGGCUAUCUGUGGAGUGGGCUAGGGGUGAACGUGGGCGUCACCGUGAUGGCUCAAAGCCAAACCAGAAGCCCACUAAGACUCUAUUUGUGAUUAACUUUGACCCGAUUCGCACUAGAGUUAGUGAUAUAGAGAGACACUUUAAACCUUAUGGGCCGCUUCAUCAUGUUCGAAUUCGUCGGAACUUUGCAUUUGUGCAGUAUGAAACACAAGAAGAUGCUACUAAAGCCUUAGAGUGUACAAAUAUGAGUAAGAUACUGGAUAGGGUGGUGUCUGUAGAGUAUGCUCUGAGGGAUGAUAGUGACAGGGUCGACAAUUAUGGUGGCAGUCCCAGAAGAGGAGGGGGUCUUGCUAGAUCUCCCAGUCCAGGUUAUCGCAGGCGACCAAGUCCAGACUAUGGCCGUCCACGUAGUCCUGUGUAUGAUAGGUAUACUGGACCGGACAGGCGGAGGAGUCCUGAUUAUGGCAGGAACAGGAGUCCCGAUUAUGGCAGGAACAGGAGUCCUGAAUAUGGCAGAUACCGCAGUCGUUCACCAGUGCGAAGGUCGAGAACUUAGGUGGUGUUUGGUUUGAGUAGCAGCGCUUCAGUGGCACUUUAUUACUACUGUCUUGAUGUUAGAAAGUGUGUGGUACAUUGUUACGUACUUAAGAGUACUUUUCAGACUUAUGUGGAUUGGUCUGGUUUGGUUUGCCUCAUUGCUAUGUAGUAUUCAUUGUGCUUUUAUAGAAACUGAAUUCAAGACUGUUUAGAGUUGGAAUGAUUGAUUCAUAUUACUGAAGAGACAUCAUGUUAUGUUGUGACAAAAUCUGAAUGUUGUCUAACUAAUGUGGAUGAAUUUUCGUUUUUCUAGCAAAUAUGUAAGCUAAGGAUAGAAAAAUUUCUACAUUGGAAAUGUUAAAAUAUCAAUGGGCAUGAA